AUGGCUACUUCUGAAUGCGUUCUUUUAGUCCAUAUUCAUAUAAUCAUCAAGAAAACAAAACCCCCCCCCCCCCCCCCACCUCUAAUUUUCAAAGCAAAUGGGGAACUUUUCCUCACACCAUGGAAGAGAAGCAAAGCACUUGAUCCUGAUCCUAUAGAGACAACCUUUGAGUUCCCGUCUCCAUUGCCAUCUUGGCCACGAGGUGGAGGGUUCGCCAAGGGGACUAUAGACCUCGGAGGCCUGGAAGUGUGCCAAAUCUCAACGUUCACCAAAGUUUGGGCAGCACACGAAGGCGGCCAAGAUAAUCUCGGCGCGACGUUCUACAACCCCUCACGCCUACCUCCUUCGUUCUACACGUGCGGCUCCUUACGCCAACCUAACAACAAGCCCCUCUUCGGUCGGAUCCUCGUCGCGAAAGGCGCCUGCGACGCGUCGAACCCCCUCGCCAAACCUACCGAUUUUAGCCUGGUUUGGCGGAGCGAUUCCUCGAGCAUCAAGCGGGACGGCGACGGGUACUUUUGGCUCCCCGUUGCCCCCGACGGAUACAAAGCGGUCGGGUUUAUCGUCACGAGCACGCCCGAUAAGCCACCCAUCGACGGUUUCCGAUGCGUGCGCGACGAUUUUACCGAGCAAUGCGAAAGUGAUAACCAACCGAUUUGGUCUUACGCCGAGGAUGGCUUCAGCGUCUACGGCCUUAAGCCGAGUACCGUAAGCACAACGUCCCUCGGUGUUUUGGUGGGCACAUUUGGCGCUCAAACCGAAGGGAGUUCGAAUAAUAUUUCGGUAAUAUUAUCAUGUUUGAGGAACAAGAGCUCGUCGACCUUCUCCUCGAUGCCGAACCUUCACCAAAUUCAAGCGCUGUUCCAAGCCUAUUCUCCGGUGAUAUACUUCCAUCCCGACGAAACAUACCUCCCUUCCUCAACAUCCUGGCUUCUUCGAAACGGCGGCCUCCUUACCGAAAGGGGCAGACCCCAACCCUCGCCGAUCGGUCCGAACGGCUCGAACCUCCCUCAGGCGGCUCAAACGACGCGGCAAUACUGGCUGGACUCCGCCGACGACGGCCAGAAGGAGCUAAUCAAGAAAGGCGACGUAUCGAAGCCACAGGCGUACCUUCACGUCAAGCCAACGCUCGGCCGCGACGUUCACCGACAUCCGACGUGCGUCUACUACCCCUUCAACGGCCCCGCGAGGGCCAAGGUCGCGGGUGUUCGCAUCAAGCUAAGGGUGGAUCGGCAGAGCACGUUGGGGAUUGCGGAUCAUCGUCACGCUGCAGGAAGGACACAUGGACACCGAGACGGCCUUCGAGGUGGCGGCGCCGGGUUACCUGUCACCGGCGGUGUGGAGGAGCCGCCGUGGUUGAAUUACAUGAGGGAGUGGGGCCCAAAGGUGAGUUAUGAUAUAGCGAACGAGCUCAAGGACGUGGAGAGGUUUUUGCCUAAGAAGCUGAGGAGGGCGCUGGAGGAUUUCGUGAGGGGUUUGCCUAGCGAAAUUCUCGGGGAGGAGGGGCCUACUGGGCCCAAGGAGAAGGCAAAUUGGACGAUGGAUGAAAAAUGAUUGAUCGGUUGGUUGAAAUUGAGGUUCUUCGUUGUUCGAUCAGUCGGUUGGUUGUUGGCAUAUAUUGAUUUGUUUGUGGGCUUCAUGUACGUAGCAAUUUGAAAUCUCUUCAUAAUGGUGUCAAAUAAUCAUUUUAACCGUCGGCAAUA